AAGAAGAUGCCAGAAAAAGGACCGACCUCAAAAGCUCCCUGGGCCCUGAGAGGAUCUCUAGCUUUCUUCUAGUCAAGGUUCCAACUCCAGAACCUUCUGGCCCUGGCAGGUCCUUCUGAAACUGGGGGUCUCCAGGAACCUAGGGUCAGCCGCAGGCAGCAAAGAGUGGGCUGCAGAGCCUAGGUGGCUGGCUGCUGGCUGCAGGGUAGCUGAGAGCCAUGCGGCAGGCCUGCAGGAUGGAGCCCACGGGGGAGGAGCACUCGCCCUCUGUGGGCAACCUGGUGGCUGCGUUUGAGAACAGCAGGAGGACCCCAGGAGCUGCAGCCAGAGCUCACGCACUGGAGGACACACAUCACAGCCCUGAGCUGGCCCCAGGGCCCUGGGCGACCCCCGACCUGGGGGAGGCCUUGGGCCCUGGGCCCAGGACGGUCAGCAGGCAGUACCUGAGCUCCCUGAAGAACAAGCUGUCCAGCAGGACCUGGAGGAAGUCCUGCCAGCCUGCUGCGUGUCCUGGGCCUGGGACACAGGAGCCCGAGGAGAAGAGGAUCGUCCAGGAGCUGCUGGAAACAGAGCAGGCCUAUGUGGCACGUCUGCACCUGCUGGACCAGGUAUUCUUCCAGGAGCUCCUGAGGGAGGCGCGCAGCAGCAAGGCCUUCCCGGAGGACGUGGUCAGGCUGGUGUUCUCCAACAUCUCCUCCAUCCACCAGUUCCACGCCCAGUUCUUCCUCCCAGAGCUGCAGCGGCGCCUGGACAACUGGUCGGCCAUGCCCCGCAUCGGGGACGUGAUCCAGAAACUGGCCCCGUUCCUGAAGAUGUACAGUGAGUACGUGAAGAACUUCGGGCGGGCCGCAGAGCUGCUGGCCACCUGGACGGACAAAUGCCCACCCUUCCAGGAGGUGAUUGCCCGCAUCCAGAGCAGCGAGGCCUCGAGCAGUCUGACGCUGCAGCACCACAUGCUGGAGCCCGUGCAGAGGAUUCCCCGCUACGAGCUGCUGCUCAAGGAAUACGUCCAGAAGCUUCCAGCCCAGGCCCCAGACCAGGCCGAUGCCCAGAAAGCCCUGGACCUGAUCUUCUCGGCCGCCCAGCACUCGAACGCGGCCAUCACGGAGAUGGAGCGGCUGCAGGACCUGUGGGACGUGUACCAGCGCCUGGGCCUCGAGGCCAACCUCGUGGACCCCUCCAACACGCUGCUCCGAGAGGGCCCCGUCCUCAAGAUCUCCUCCCGCCGCAGCGACCCCAUGGAGCGCUACCUCUUCCUGUUCAACAACAUGCUGCUCUACUGUGUGCCCAGGGUCAUCCAAGUGGGCGCACACUUCCAGGUGCGGACCCGCAUCGACGUGGCUGGCAUGAAGGUGCGGGAGCUGAGCGAUGCGGAGUUCCCUCACUCCUUCCUGGUGUCCGGGAAGCAGCGCACGCUGGAGCUGCAGGCCAGAUCCCAGGAGGAGAUGGUUUCCUGGAUUGAGGCCUGUCAGGUCGCCAUUGACCAGCUAGAGAAGCGGAAUGAAACCUUCAAAGCGGUGGCCCAGGGGUCGGAGGGAGAGGCGCAGGAGCGGGAGCUGCAGAGUGAGCAGCUGGGCCUGCGCGCCCCGCAGUGGAUCCGGGACAAGAUGGUCACCAUGUGCAUGCGCUGCCAGGAGUCCUUCAACGCGCUGACCCGCCGGCGCCACCACUGCCGGGCCUGCGGCUAUGUGGUGUGCGCCCGGUGCUCCGACUACCGAGCCCAGCUGAAAUACGACGGCAACAGGCCCAGCCGGGUGUGUGUGUCCUGCUACGCGUUCCUCACUGGAAGCGUGCUCCCCGGGGACAAGGACCGGAGGCCUGGCAUCCUGGAGAAAGGGGCCUCCCCAGGGCCUGAGCAGAGUGUGAUCUGCGGCUUCCUGCAGCUGACCGGGGACAAAUGGAGCCGGCCCGGCCCCCGGGGCUGGUGCGUGAUCCCCAGGGAUGACCCCUUGGUACUCUAUGUCUACGCUGCCCCUCAGGACACACGAGCCCACGCCUCCAUCCCCCUGCUGGGCUACCAGGUGACUCGAGGGCCUCAGGGAGAUCCCCGAAGCUUUGAGCUGCAACAGUCAGGCCAACUCUACGCCUUCAAGGCCGAGACCGAGGAGCUGCGGAGCCGCUGGGUGCAGGCCAUCGGGCGGGCGGCCAGCGGCCGGAUCCCCGGGGAGCCUGAGGAUGGGGACCUGUCGGACUGAGCCUCAGCGAGUGCCCCCCUCCCCCGCAGAGACGGACCCCUGCCAGUGGCUUGGCCCCGCGGCCUCUGCCAUCCACCCAAAAUCCAGUGUCAGAAAAUGUGAGGCCAACAGAGGGUCUGUGACUCCCACCUGUAAUCCCAGCUACUCAGGAGGCUGAGAUCUGAGAAUUGCAGUUCAAAGC